AUGAAAGACCAGAUGCGGGUUUGCAGAUCUUAUGCGACUGCGUCAGGAGAAAGAAGACUUCGAGAUGCUUUGCCUCGGUACUUUGGUACUGAUUCGGAAAGUCCAUCAAGGGUCAACGAAGUUGAGAAGAAAGUAUUGCUGGGACCAGAACUUACCUCCGCCCGGCAGGUGCUUUACGAAGAUAGAACCCGAGGAUACGAAGACGCGAAAGGAGAGGAAGGUAGAAGGAGAGUAGACGAAAGAAGCCCGGGAGAGAAGGAACCCGAGGGGAGGAAACGCAAACUCUUGUCUAGACCUCCUCUAGGUCCCAAUGGACUGAGACCUUCUAUUGCACGGGAAUCGUUCAACACUUCAAUCCUUAAACCGCUUUCUAGAAAGUGGAAUAAGUCUAAGAAUUCUAUACUAUUGCAUACCGCUCCUAGCGCGGUAGAGUAG